AUGUCCGGAAUCGAGCGCAAGCUGCGCUAUUUAAAUACGAGGCGCCGCAGCAUAUUGACGUCACUGGCCUCCAUCGAGAAGUUCGUUGCGUCGUACCAAGAGGAGAGAAAUGAACCCGAAGUCGCCAUACGCCUGGAAGCAAUUGUGUCUCUGUGGACAGAGUUCAACAAGGUUCAGGCAGAUUUGGAGACCACCGACGAAACCCCUGAUGCUCUUGAGCAGUACCUCAAGGAAAGGAUUGAGUUCGAAAACUCCUACUACAAGGACUUGACGGAUUUCAUCCAACGUCGGGUCAGUGUUCUGCAGCAGAUGUCCUCCAAACAGCCCGAACCGCAACAAGUUUUUCAGCCUCGCAAGCCACCAAAUUCUCGCGUUGGAAGCCACGGAGCCUUCCAGGAGAAUCGUCGAAGGUGCCUCUUCUGCCCGGAGGAACAUCCAAUCUACAUGUGUCAGAUCUUCAGUCGCAUGCCAGUCGAGGAGAAGGAAAAACUCGUCAAGCGACAUCAACUUUGUCGCAACUGCUUCCGAAAGGGUCACAUGUCUCGUGACUGCCCAUCGGAAAAUUGUUGCAGGAGGUGCAACUCUCGUCACCACACACAACUCUGCACCUCAACUACAUCCAAUCGAGGGAGAUCAACAAACGCUGCAGUUACAACGAACGACGUCCGAAGUUCGAACCCUUCCGCCACUGGUGCCACCCCCACUGAUCCACCGACGUCUCCUUCUCCUUCAGCAUCAAGAGCGGCUUCAACCACGAUGAAUGCUGCCCACUCAAGAGUGACCAGUUGUAACUCACAACAAACGACACGGUCCAAGUUACUUCUCGCUACUGCCGUGGUGAUCGUCGUUGAUGAUGCUGGAAAGGAACAUCUUGCUCGCGCUCUCCUGGACUCCGGGAGCGAAUGCUGUUUCGCAACCUCUCAACUAUCACAGAUGAUGAACGUCAAACGAACAAGAGUCGAUGUGCCGGUCGCAGGGAUCGGAAAGUCUGCAUUGAAGGUGAAGCACCAAUUCCGAGCCGUCAUCAAAUCUCGAAAUUCCGAUUACACAACUAGCGUCGAUCUGCUCAUCUUGCCCAAGGUCACUAUGGAUCUUCCAUCGACGAACAUCGACGUAACCCGCUGGGACAUCCCCUCUAACAUCGACCUCGCUGACCCUGCUUUCUUCCAAUCGAGCACGGUGGACAUCGUGUUGGGGGCAGAGAUUUUCUUUGACCUGUUUUCCGUGCCAGGGCGCAUCACCCUUGGCGAAUCUCUUCCGUCGUUGACCAACUCGGUUUUUGGAUGGGUAGUAUCUGGAAGAACUGCCCAUAAUUUGCCCCACACUUCUGUCUGCUGUAAUGUCGCAACCGUUGCCGAUCUGCAAGCCUAUAUGGAGAAAUUCUGGAAGAUAGAGGAGGACGCAUCAACUACCAACUAUUCCCCAGACGAAACUGCCUGCGAAGAGUUUUUCCAACGUACGGUGACUCGUGACGCGUCGGGCCGAUAUAUAGUGCGUCUCCCGUUUAAGGAGUCCAAGGUCCAACGAUUGGGAGACAAUCAGAAAUCAGCUCUACACCGGUUUCGCUUGCUGGAGAAUCGCCUGUCUCGUGAUGCUUCGAUCGCUCAGCAGUAUCGGGAUUUCAUGGCCGAGUACCUUCGACUGGGCCACAUGACACCGCUCAGCACCUGUAAAGGAGAAGUUCAUCCGAAAUACUAUCUCCCACACCAUCCAGUAAUUCGAGAGAGCAGCACGACGACGAAACUGCGCGUUGUAUUCGAUGCGUCCAGUAAAACGAGCACGGGCAUCUCGCUUAACGAUGCUCUUCUUGUCGGUCCAAUCGUGCAAGACGAUUUGCGAUCGAUCGUAAUGCGGUCCCGCACCCAUGAACUCGUUCUAAUUGCGGACGCAGAGAAAAUGUACCGCCAAGUGCGACACUUCCCCGAAGAUUACGCAUACUUGUGCAUUUUCUGGCGGCUGGCUCCAGACCAGCCAAUACAGACGUUUGUUCUCCAAACCGUUACUUACGGGACAGCGUCGGCUCCCUACCUGGCCACCCGCGUGCUGAAACAGCUAGCGUGCGACGAAGCUGAGAACUACCCGAUCGCAUCGCAGGUAGUGAAAAACGACUUCUACGUCGACGAUCUAUUUACUGGAGCUGCAACAGUCACCGAAACAAUCGAGCUCAGAGAGCAGCUUGAUGGCAUGCUGUCAAGAGGAGGAUUCACGAUGAGGAAAUGGGCAUCAAACUGUGAAGCCGUACUGGAAGGCAUUCCGCCAGAGAAUCGAGCUCUUCAGCACUCAAUCGACCUGGACCGAGACCAAACUAUGAAAACGCUCGGCUUACACUGGGAACCGGGCACGGAUCAUCUCAAAUACAAGAUCGAUAUACAACUACCACCCAAUACCAUUCUCACAAAACGUCUCACGCUAUCCUACAUAGCUCAACUUUUUGAUCCGUUGGGGCUAGUUGGACCAGUCGUCGUAACAGCCAAGGCCUUUAUGCAAACUCUCUGGACUCUCAGGGACGAAAACGGAAAGGUGUGGGAAUGGGAUCGAGAGUUACCAGCUAGUCUGAAGGAUCGAUGGUGUGCCUACCAUUCGGAUCUGCCCACGCUCAACGAAUUGAGGAUAAAUCGCUUCGUUCUUCAGCCCAACUCGCUUGAGAUUGAGCUCCAUGUGUUCUCGGAUGCCUCUGACAUCGGUUACGGUACCUGUGCCUAUCUGAGGUCCGUCGACAGACAAGGUCAAAUUAAUGUCGCUUUGCUUACUUCGAGAUCGAGAAUCGCACCACUGAAGCGCCAAAGCACUCCGCGACUUGAAUUGUGCGGUGCUCUACUUUCCGCCGAGCUGUAUCAACGAAUUGCCGCCUCUCUUCACUUCUCUUUCACUACGGUAUUUUGGACCGAUUCCACGACCGUCAUUAAUUGGCUAAAGGUAACGCCCUCAACGUGGGCCACCUUUGUGGCCAACAGAGUGUCCAAGAUUCAACAUGCGACUCAAAAUUGUGGAUGGAACCAUAUAGCAGGACUCCAGAACCCCGCUGACGUCAUUUCCCGAGGUUGUCUGGCAUCCGAGCUCGUCCACAACAAACUCUGGUGGGGUGGCCCAGAAUGGCUGCGGAAGGAAAAAGAAUACUGGCCUGUUCCUGGACAACAGUGCGGAUCAACUGAUGAUUGCAACAGCGAACGACGAAAAACUGCCGCAGUGUUCGCUUCUGCCACUACCACACCCUCUUUUAUCGACGAAUAUACAGGAAAAUUCUCCAAUUACUCCAAAAUGAUCCGCACAACAGCAUACUGGCGGCGUUUCUUUUCGAUUCUGCGAUCACCAAAAGAAGAUCGAACUUUCAGCUUCCUAACGAACGAUGAACUCAAAACUGCCGAACAUGCGCUCAUACGAUUGCUGCAACAACAGUGCUUUCCAGACGAGUGGAAGCGAUUGCAAAGUGGACAGCACGUCGCCAAAGGCUCUCGACUGAGAUGGUUUUAUCCAAUGCUCUUCUCCAACGACAACGUUAUUCGAAUCGGCGGUCGGCUAGGCCAAUCUACGCUACACGACGACUUCAAGCAUCCCAUUCUGCUACCUGGUGCUCACCGGCUAUCAACAUUGCUUCUCGCAUCGUAUCAUCUGCGACUGUUACACGCAGCUCCUCAGUUGAUGGUAAACACGGUUCGCUUGAAAUACUGGCUCUUGGGUGGGCGAAGUGCGGCACGACAGGUAGUACACAAAUGUGUCACUUGUGUGCGGGCUCGACCGAAGCUGGUCGAACAAUUCAUGUCUGAGCUCCCAGCAGCUCGUCUACAACCACGGCAUCGGCGUGACGCUCCAAUCAAAGCAUAUGUAGCCGUGUUUGUUUGUUUUGCGACCAAGGCAGUUCAUCUCAAACUGGUCGCCAACCUUACUACAGCCAAGUUCCUGCAAGCCUUUCGGCGUUUCGUGGCUCGUCGAGGCCUCUGCUCCGAUGUUUAUACCGACAAUGGCAAGAAUUUCGUGGGCGCAGCGAACGAGCUUAAACGACUUGUACGGAGUAGGGAGCACAAAGAUCAGGUAGCUCAGGAGUGCACGGAAAACGGCAUCCGUUGGCACUUCAACCCUCCCAAGGGAUCCCAUUUCGGUGGGCUUUGGGAGGCGGCAAUUAGAUCGGCCCAAAAACAUUUUGUGCGGGUCUUGGGAUCACGACUGGUAGCGUACGACGACAUGGAGACUCUAUUAGCUCAAAUUGAGUGUUGUCUCAAUUCCCGUCCUCUCACUCCCUUGAGCGAGGACCCUUCCGACCUCGACCCUUUGACCCCUGGUCAUUUUCUUGUGGGCUCGGCCUUAAAGGCAGUGCCGGACGUCAACGUUCUGUCGGUCCCGUAUAACCGAUUGACCCAGUGGCAGCAGAUUCAGAAGGCCUUUCAAGAUAUUUGGAACCGCUGGCACCUGGAGUACUUAGCCACUUUACAGCCGAGAGCCAAGUGGUGCAAUCCUCCAGUGAAAAUCGACCGGAAUCGCCUGGUCAUCAUCAAGGACGAAAAUCUGCCACCAUUGCAGUGGCCAACGGGAAGAAUCCACGAACUCCACCCGGGAAAGACGGCAUAG